UGGCGAUGCUAUGCGCGUGCGCACUGGUGUGGCUCCAGGGCCGCCGCACGCGCAAGAUGCUCGGUCACUUGCCGCAAUACCCGACGCUACCGUUCAUCGGCAACGCGCACCAGAUCCUUGGGGAUGGCGGUCAUUUCUUCCAAAUGUUGAUCGACAUUACAAAUAUAAUGGAAGAGACAGACAAACCCUUUUUAGUAUGGGUUGGCCCUCAACCCGUUCUCGUAUUAAAAGAUCUCGAUGAUAUAAAAGCAGUAAAUACAGCGUAUAUAGACAAGCCGUAUUAUUACAAAUUCGGUCAACCUUGGGUUGGAUAUGGCCUCGUGACUGCACCUAGUUCAAUAUGGAAGAAAAAUAUUAAAAAACUAGCAGGCACAUUCACAAGCAACAUUGUCGAAGGUUAUCAAGACUUGUUCAAUGCGCAGGCGGCCAGACUGGUCGAGAAACUUAAAACGGAAGGUGGCGAGCCCUUCGAUGUAUUGGACAAAUAUUUGGCAUACACUACACUGGAGUCUAUCUGUCAAACGGCGCUGGGCGUGCCUGUUACAGAAGGUGGUAUCGUAACAGCUAGAUACUAUCACGCCUUCAAUAGAACGCUAGAAUCGUUGGUGAAACGUCUCAAGAACAUAUUUUACCACAUAGACUUCUUGUACCGGUUCUCUACCUCGCAUAAGGAAAUGCAGUCUUCCAUUGCUAUUCUGCAUAAUGUUGCUAAUGCGAUAAUAAAAACACGUAAGAAAGAACGCGAAGAAUUAAGAAAGAAUGUCGAUUUACGUAAAGAAACUUCAGACAACGGCAGAACGAAAUUCAAAACGUUCCUUGACAUUUUACUUGACACGAAUGAGGUGGAUCAUACAUUAACUGAGAAGCAGAUCAUGGAUGAGGUGAACACGAUCAUUCUGGGUGGUCAAGAAACGGCAGCACUCACUAGUUCUAUGGCUUUACUCAUCAUUGGCUCGAAUCCUGGCAUUCAGGAGAAACUGUUUGCUGAACUAAAAGCAAUAUUUGGCGACAGUAAACGUCCAAUGGAGAAAGACGAUCUUCAACGUAUGGAUUACCUAGACGCUGUUAUCUGUGAGACCUUGAGACUAUAUCCUCCUAUACCAGCCGUUGCGAGGGAUGCAGAUAAGGACUUACAGAUCAAAUCAUGCACAAUCCCAAAGGGUGUAAGCUGUAUUGCGAACAUCUGGGCAGCAGGAAGAUCCAAGAAGCAGUGGGGCUCAGACGCCGAUCAAUUCAGACCUGAACGCUGGCUGUCGAAUGGAUUGUCCACAUCAAAUGCUGCGGGCUUACUUGCUUUUAGUUACGGAAAGAGGUCGUGUAUUGGAAGAAGAUACGCCAUGUCAUUAUUGAAGACAUUGCUAGCGUAUAUCAUAAGGGAGUUCGUGGUUGAGUCGGAAGUGGAGAAAGUACAGUUCAAGAUUGACGUUACCCUGAAGCCCUGCGGCGGGAAUCAUAUUAGAGUUAGACAACGAGAUUAG